AUGGGAGCAGUUUUAGGAGUGUGUUCGGCUGCGACUUGUGCCGCAAACUUAGCUUGUUGUUGUGGCUCUGCGGCCUGUGGUUUGUGUUGCAGAGCGUGUCCGUCCUGCAAGAACUCAACUUCGACGAGAAUUGCCUACUCGUUGUUUCUUCUCUUCGGUUUGAUCACGUCUUGCAUAGUUUUGAUACCUGGAAUUAGAGACCAGCUUGACAAAAUACCACAUUUUUGUCAGGUAAGAAGCCUUUCUUGAUAUAUUCUAUUACCAGUUGAUCCAUGUUUUGUUGUGUCAAACUCAAGCUUAUUUUACAUUUUGCAGUUCGAUUUUAUUGUUGCUUUAAUUAAAAUAUUAUUUUCCUUUGUGUUUCAGUAUGGUUAUGAAUGAAAAUGAUUUCCAAACAAAAGAAAAAAAAUUUAAACCUAGGGUAAUAUUGAACCACAACAUAUGCACAGAACUUUGUUUCUAUCCUUCCAGCUGGUUUUAAUUUAAGAGCCCGUUCUGAGCUUUGUUGUUUUUUAAUUUUGAGCCUACAAAAACUCUUUUAGCGUUUAAUUCUUUGGAGUGCGACUAUGUAAAUGAUAACUAAUACAGUGCUCUCCUUUCAUUGCUGUAAUUUAGUACCAUGCUAGCAUUUUUAGAGAAUUCAAAUCCAAUUUUGCUUCUUCCUUUAUAUUUUGAAAGGAUAUGAACAUGCGUUCCCAAAAAUGAGAAUGGAAUGACCCAUUAAUUUUAAAGUGGAGACUUUUCUAACCAUAGAAGUGAGAAAAAAGGCUGCACACUUUUGUUUAUCAGGGCUGGCCAGAAGUUUGGGGUAUGCAUGUACAAUAGUUUGGCAUAUUAGCUGUGGUCACACUACAGACUUUUACCCAGGUAAAACCGAUUUACCUAGGGCAAAUUGAUCAAAAAUCUGCCUAGGUAAAUUCAUCUCGGGUUUUGUUUUACCUAGGUAAAAAUUCUGGGAAGGUCACACUACUGAUAUCGGCUCCCAAAAUUGUCACGUCAGUUGAAUUUUUGGGAACGUAAAUUCAAGAAGGCAAAAUGCGCAGGGAUCUAGCUGAUCAAAGAGACGUUUUUUCUUUUAUCUCGCUGUUAUUUUUACGCUAAUUCAACGUGCAAGGUGAAGAAAGGCGAAGACGUAGACGACUCGUGCUCCCAAAAUUUCUUUCACAGCGUGAUCUAUGUCCAGUUCUGUCAUCAAGACCUUCGCCGAUGAGCUUCUAUUGGCUAGCAACCUCGGUAUUUCAUUUUUCCCUAGCUAUUGCUUUGGGGUAGCUGUCAAGGGAAACUCUAUUGUUUUCGAGACAUAUCCAAGACCCAGACGAUAAAAUUUUCCCGAGGUAAGUUAUCUUGGGAAAAAUCGGUCACACUUAAAAAAUCAAGUUUCCCUAGGUAAACUGUCAACAAGUCGUGUUUACCUGGGUAAAAAGUCUGUAGUGUGACCACAGCUAUUGGUAUUUCAGGAAAUAGGAAUCAAGUAUAUUGGCAUCCAUUACCCCACCCCACCCCCCUGGACCAGGCCUGGUUUUUGUGAGUGUCGCGUACAAGGAGACAAUGGAAGUGGAAUCACAAGUCAUAAGGAUGUGGUUUCACUGUGGUUUUGAACAUUUUGAUGUCAUUUCUAUGGUCAUUAAAAUUAUAUAGACCAUGGAAAACUGUUUGCGAUUUGUAGUUUAUAAUAACAUUGAAAGUUUUUGACAUCAGUUCCAUUUCUCUUAAAGUUUCUCAAGAAGUUGCAUGAGCAAGGAUCAAAAAAACAAAUUGUGCCACCAUCACAUCAUUUCCAUGGUCCUUACUCUUACUGACCAAAGUUCUCACGUGGGGGAACUCAUUGGUCCCACAUUGGUCUCCUCUAGGGCUUUAAUAUUAAUUCUGGGACAAGCAUCCCUGUCACUUUUAUAUGGGAUUACCCCUGGGAGUUCUCAACCAAUUGGCAUGCAAGGAAUCGUUCAGUUACUGUAAAAAUAUUUUUUGUUAAUAUGAUUGUUAGACAAAUUAAGGCACUGGCCUUUGUAAAAAAUAUUUUUGAAUUUUCUUUUGUAUGCUUUAUUAGAAAGCAUUUUGAGUAUUUUUGUUGUCUUGUCUGAUAUUACUGUACCUUACAAAAUCUAGCUAUUAGCGUCACUUUUUGAUAUUAACACUGUAAUAUCAACAAAUUACCAUGAUAAAAUCUGGCACAAUACCUGUUUUUGACAAAAACAAUGUGCCUGCUUACAUCCCAAUUUGUGACUGUGCAUUUAAAGUUUGCGGAAAAUAUGUAUUGCACAAAAUUGAGGAAAGGCCUUUUCAUUUUGCUGUGGAAAAUAUUAAAAUUAUUACUAUGUUUUGUUUUUUCAACUCAUGCUCACAACAGUCUGCCCAAAAAGCCUUCAAGAUACAUUUCUGAUAUGUGAUCUUUUGAUAUUAGUGUCAGGUACUGCAUAAGAUAAGUGGUGUAUUUUGCAAAUUCCUGUCUGCAAAGUGCAAAAAAAUAACAACCAACUGAAGUUGAAAUAAAGGCAUGUCUAAAAAAUUUGGUACUUGGAAGGGAAACAACAACAUGAAUAGUUAUACAAUUCCCUUUCACUUCUAUGGGUAAUAUUUGGAAAAAAAACAAGAAAGAGAGGUGAAAUUUGGUUGAUAUAGAUAUGAAUAUAUAAUAUGACAAAUGUGAUGUACUGGUUUAAGUUUCUUUUUAGGGAAUGACAGAUUUAAAGAAAACACAUUAUUUUUAUCUUUACAUUGCCACUCCAUAUCUAGGGGUGUAGUAAUGUCAAAAUUUAAGAGAGGUUGGGAUGUUAAAUUCCAUCACAUAUCUAAUCAAGAAAGUAUUAUGUCACUAAGGUAAGGUGUUUAAUCAGUUGUAACAUGAGCUUGUUGAACCCUUAAAUUCGUAAACAGGACGUUUGGGCCACAUUUAAACUUCUCUGGAUUGUAAUCUUUUAAAAUUUAUUCCUAUUUAUAGUCACGACUGUGAGCCUGAGUGUUUUUUGCCAUCCAAAUAACAUCCAAAUUUCGACAUUGUAACAAAAUAAUAUUCCUAAAUAAAGUCACUCAGGCUAAUCUAUUCACGUGCACUGCCUGAUACAAAAAUUAACCCAAAAACCCAAUAGGAAAAAAGUGGGGACGUAUUCCCCAACCGAUGCGGUCGCAGAACCUCUGUGUUUUAAAAGGUAAAAAAUCAAUGAUUGAUAAAUGAAUAAAAUAAGAUAUAAAAAUAAAAGUUGAUAGUUUUAUAGCUGAGAUGAAUUCAUUACAACUGUCAAAACCUUAUAUACCUAACAACAUUAGAGCCAUAGUGCCAUAGCAGCUCACGUGCGUUCAUACCAAGGGGAAAGUAUUUACAUUCUCUGUCACUGCCACUACGUUUAGCUCUGCCAAAUUUUCCUGAGCAAAGCAUUCACACAAUAAUGUAUUUCAAUCCACAGAAUGAGCCAAAUUUAUGUGACAAAGUUGUUGGUUACAUUGCUGUGUAUCGCAUCUGUUUUGCCAUGGCAGUGUUCUUUGUCUUUUUCUGCCUCAUUAUGUAUGGAGUAAAAAGCAGUAAAGAUGCCCGCUCUGGAAUACAGAAUGGUUUCUGGGGAAUCAAGGUCCUGAUAUUUAUUGGAGCCAUUGUGGGAGCAUUUUUUAUUCCAGAUGGAAAGUUCACAGAAGGUAAUGGCUGUACAAUGUAGAUUAAUAGCUUUUAUAUGGAAAAAAACUUUAAAUGAAAGAAGAUCAUCGCAGUUAUAGAUGCAACUUUUGCACUUGUGAAAAGAAAGCAGUGACUUUUGUUACAAAUAGUAACAACAAAAUGAGUCCUAAACUGAAUUUUUUUGGCCUUUAUGUAACCAUGCAAUCUCUUUUAAUCUUUAAUUUACUUUAAUAAAAAACUCCUUCAAUUGUAAAGCACAGCAAAGACUAAAAGAAAAACACCUCGUUGAACAACAGCCACAAGAUCAGCCACAGAAUUCACAUGAACGGGAUAUUCUACAAAAACAUCUUCAGAUUGAUCGAUUGACUCACGCCAUGAAUAAUUAUUUUAUGGCAUCUUUGGUGCUUUUUAUGCAUCAUUGAUGCAGGACGCAGAGGUAACAAAAUCACUGGAAAGCCUGAAAAAUUCAGGUUUGUACCAGAUUCAAACCGGCCCCAUUGAUCUCUGUGAUACCAGUGUAGCACUCUACCAAGUUAGCUAACAAGCCAACUGGAAGCAGGUCCUGUUCCUUACCAUUCUUUUUACCAAUGGUAGUAUUUAUAGCACUGAUGUUAGUGGGGCCAAGUGAUUGCCUGAAACAAAUAAUUUAAAUCAAACUUAACGGGGUUAUGAAUAAUAUUAUCUAACUGGCCAGAGUCCGGAGGUUGAACUUGGGCCUACCGAAACAAAUCCAGCCAGCUUCAAACUUCAGGCCCCAAAAUUACUAGUCCAGUGCUCUAACCGCUCGGCCAUGCUGCUUCCAGGUCAUCGAGUUGGUUUGUUAUAAACCCUUGAAAGGUCAUGAAAAUGAAAUAAUGAAUAGUUUUUAUAAUAUGAAAAUCAUACUUAGAUACUGCUGGGUGAAGAAUUAAAUGAAAAAAUUUCAUUAUUUACAGUUAUAGACACAACUUUUACAGUUGCGAAUAGAAAGCCAAUAGUGACAUUAAUAUUGUGAGUCCAAGUCCCUUUAUGCUUGGUUAAUGAAAUUAGGUAGUGUGAUCAGACAAACAGAAACGUCAAUGCGUGAUGUUAACUGACGCCAGUCUUAUCCACUUAACUUUACUUCCAUCUGUGUGUGAGACAUGAAAGCGUACAACCAACAUUAAAAUAAUCUGGUAUUAACAUUACCUUCUCUGAUAAUCACUUUGCAGUGUGGUUGUAUUUUGGUCUCAUCGGUGCCUUCCUGUUUAUCCUGAUUCAGCUGGUUUUGCUUGUGGACUUUGCUCAUUCUUGGAACAGCGCCUGGGUUGAAAACAUGGAAGAGACUGGUUCUAAGGUAUGGGCGGCACUUCUUCUCUUCUUCACGUUCUUGAUGUAUGGCACUUCUGUGGCAGGAAUUGUGUGCCUUUACGUCUACUUUACCCAUGGAAUCAAGGAUGCAGCAGCGAGUGAAUGCCACACAAACAAGUUCUUUAUCAGCUUUAAUUUGAUCCUUUGUAUUAUUGCCUCAGUUUUGGCAAUUCAUCCUAAAGUUCAGGAACAUCAGCCCAGAUCUGGUAGGUACCUCAAGAAGAGGAAUAAUUUUAAAUAAAAACUGUAAAAGUGCCACAAGAUAGGAUCAUUCUACUAUGCAUAACGGAUAUACACUCAUAUAGCUUAAGGUCAGCUGCCACCGUAAUUUCAACAUUAAACUUUCAACAUUAAAAAACAGAAGUCUUCCUUUUCAAACAAGCUUAAGUGUGAAAUGCAAUGCCAAUACACUUCAAAAAGCUUAAAUUCGGCAAUAUGAUUGCAUGGGAUUCUCAUGCAGAUGCCAAAGGACCAAGAUGAAUUCAGGUUAUCUUGAGCUGCUCACCAAAACAUGCCAACACUGAAAGUCAAAGUGCAACACAAUAUCUUUACAUAUUUUAUUAUGUUUACUUUUGCCCUAGGUCUUCUUCAGUCUGCAGUUAUUUCAUUGUAUACGGUCUAUCUGACUUGGUCAGCAUUGCUGUAUAACCCAGGUUAGUCUCUUUUUUUACCUUUUUAUUUGCCUCUAAACCACACCUAUUUAGUUUACAAAAUGUUAUGACUCCACUUACGAUCUAGUGAAAACCAGAUUGUCAGAGUUGGAAGCAGAAGGAUAAACCAAUAACAAUGCACAUUCCCACCCCUUGUGAUUGGUUUAGCUUCUUCCUCUCUAAACCAGCCUUUAGUAGAAUAAGAAAGGUUGCAAAACAGGCUAACAAGAUAACAUAUUUUAUUUCACUACAAGAAUAAACCUUGAAACUCUGACAACCUAGUUUUAACUUGAUCAAAACGACAGAGUCAAGACUAAUUGGAAUUGUCCGGAAUCAGAAUGCUGUUUCCACUAGAUCUUUAAGUUGAUGCUUCCGAUUACCUCUCUAAACCAGCCUUUAGUAGAAUAAGAAAGGUUGCAAAACAGGCUAACAAGAUAACAUAUUUUAUUUCACUACAAGAAUAAACCUUGAAACUCUAACUUACAUCUAAGCAGUAACUGGAAAAGCGGCAUGGAUAUUUUCUGCAACAGUCAGAAAACAGUCAGUGCAAUUUACAGUCAGGCUGUAAUCUGCAGUCUGCAGUCUGCAUUUGCAAAAGUCAAACACUGCUGGAACACUAGCAAGACAAGAUAUAUAUGCUACAUAUAUAUAUAUAAUAUAUUAUUAUUAUAAUUAGGCUUUUGAUAUUUGUGGAUGCUGAGUAAGUGAAUAAGUGGAGUGAAGCAAUUUAUUCCAGUCAUUACUAAAUAAGUCGUAAUGACAUUAUUGUUUCAGAUUCCUCUUGCAACCCAUUUGUCAAUACUGAUCCCUCAGUAAAAAGUAUUGACACCCAAGCAAUCAUUGGCUUAGUACUGAUGUUUCUCCUGGUUAUAUAUGCAAGUAUCAGGACAGCAAGCAGCUCACAGGUUGGAAAGCUGGCCCUGGCAAGUCGAGCAAGUACAGGGGGGACCUCAGAGGCCACAACCCUGCGAGAGGGGGGUGAGGCAAGUGAUGUGAACCUAAUGGAGGAAGGAAGUAGACAGCAGGUAAGGCCUGAGAAGCUUCCAUGUGAAUUCGGGAUGGGUGAGGGGGGAAGGGGAGGUUGGGGUGUGAAAUCCUUGGCCUGUGCCAAACCUUUCCCAGUUACCUUUUCCAAACCCUGUUGUAGACAUGGCAGAAAUCUCUUCCUGUAUCCUAUCCCAGACAAGCCGUUCACCUCAAAUUCAAAUUUCAUUCCAUUGACCAAUUUUCCUAUAUUGUUGAUACUGUGUCAUUCAAUGUAAAACCUUAGCUAGCCUAGCCUAAACUGCUUGAAAACCAUAUUUGCACAUACAAUGUACCCAUAUAGACUAGACUAGCUGUUAACCACAAUGUAAAAUUAAUUCUUCAUUCUACUGACCAAUUUCCCAUAUAACUGAUACUGUGUCAUCUAAUGGAAAACCCUAGCAAGCCCAGCCUACAUGUAAACUGCUUGAAAACCAUAUUGGCAUAUACACUGUACCAAUAUAGGCCAUAAUGACUGUGCCCUCCCCUGGACAAAGCUCGUUUACAUGUGGAUAUUGUCCCCCAAUUUCUGCUAACACUUUGAUAAUCAGUUAACAUUAAAAUGAAAUGACUUUUUGUAGGUAUAUGAUGAUGAACAAGAUCGAGUGGCUUACAGCUACUCCUUUUAUCAUUUCAUGCUGUUUUUGGCCUCACUUUACAUCAUGAUGACUCUGACCAACUGGUAUAAGUAAGUACUCUUCUUUUUUUGUUUUAUACCGUCCGAAUUGGGGUUCAGUGCAUGAGGCAAAUCUGUCAAGUGCAAAAUAUUCCAUUAUCAAAAUGUUGAUUGACACAGUGAAACGCUGACUACCAGCCCUGUCCACAGGCAUCAGGAAUGAUUCCAGCUCUGGUUUCUGAGAAGUUUGUUUUGCUUCUGCUUUUGUGAAAUUGAUCUUCAAAGACGUUACAACAAAGCUUGGACCCAGUGCUUGGUAGUGGCCAUGAAAACUGUCAAAGUUUGAAACUUUGAAAAAUUAUAAAACACAAAGGAAUGAUACUAAGCUAAAACUUGUUCUUAGAAGGAAUCACAACAAUAAGAAGAUGUCAAUUAGUGAAAAAUAUUUUCUGGGAUUACUGCACUUUAAUCCUUGUUUUAACGUUUCCAAUGAUGUUUACCCAGUGUGCAUCAGAAAACACAUAAAGAAGGGAGUAGGGAAUAAAUAUCUACAAGAACAUGGGAUUUAUUAAUGGAAGUCAUUAAGGCUGUGUACUUGAUGAUACUCCAGGUCUUGAGCCUGUUUUGCACUACAGCCUGACAGUCAAACCUGUGUACAACGGUCACCCUUGAUAAAUGGCAAGGUGUCCGUUAUAUACAGGGUGACCACUAUAUUAGGGUCAACCUUGUAGAAAAUAUAUAAGGCAACUGGAAAUUUUGGGAAGUAUUCUGGUGACUCUAAUAUACAAGGUGACUGCUAUAUACAGGUUUGACUGUAGCCCUUUCACUGCCAAAUGUGGCCAAAGGCAAAUUUCGACCAAAUUUCCAAAUUUUAUUUUCUAAAAUUUUGACAAACAAAUAGCAUCAUGUGAAAGUACAGGCAGAGAGCUUUAAUUUGGAUGGUCACAUCACAGGAUUUCAUCUACAGACUCAAAAGUUAGAGUCAUCUUACAAAACUCCAUCUAGCACUCCGGCAGUGAAAGGGGUAGUUACUUUAGUUGGUAGCAUAACAACAUAAACAAAGGGUCAGUUGUUUCCUUGCAUCAUGAUGUUACUUUGUUUUGAUGGUCUUGUCACCCUUGCUGACAUAACAGCAUAAUGACUAGUUUCAAUUUCUGCCAAUCUUGCCCAGCUACUGGUAAUAGAGCCUAUUAUAAUGACCUUCUUUAGUCAUAACACCAAGAUGAACCAGCAACCUCAUUCCGGUGAUCCUCUCCUUCUCAUUUCCUGGAGCAAGGGAUCGAGGUUGGAUGAACCAGGUGUAAUACUAAUCUUUCUCUGAGCUGUUGACCCAGUGUAAUGUGUAGGUUGUGUAUUUGGGUGUUAUUUAAAUGUGUGCAUGCUCUCUUUUAGUAAUUAAUUGAUGUGUGUAUUUGUAUAGGUAAUAGCAUUAUUUGUAGUGAUAUUUGGCAUAAAUACCACAAGUGAUAUUUCAAAAUUGUUAUACGUAAUUUCACAAGCCGUUAGGCGAGUGAAAUUUGAGACAAUUUGGAAAUGUCACGAGUGGUAUUUACGCCAAAUAUAACAUACAAAUCUUGCUACUAUUUGUUUAUACUACUACACACUAAAGGUUUGUAAUUUUCACAUGUAGGUAUUUCAAAUUAAGCUGAAAUAUAGGAUUUGUCAGGAUAUUCUGACAGAACAAUGUCCAAGAGGCCUACCUACCAAAAGUGAGCAUUUCGGGGCAAAUUGUCUCUGAGAUGUUAGCCGGUUAUACUCAGAAAACUCCAUACAAACCCUUCUAAUUUUUUUGGGGGUCAACCCAAAAAAAUUUAGAAGGGUUUGUAUGGAGUUUUCUAAGCAUAUCUGGGCUAAGAUCUCAGAGACAAUUUGCCCUGAAAUGCUCAUUUUUGGCAAGUAGGCCUCUUGGACAUUGUUCUUUCAGAAUAUUAUGGCAAAUCCCACAAUUUCAGAAAUUUCAUUUUUGUGAUGUCACACUUUAGUACUCUAUACCACUGCUCUAAGCCAAUCAAAGGUCGUUAUUUAACUUAUUACAUUUUCUUUGAGUUGUUUUCCACCUACUCAUAUACCUUGUCAGUAACUGUGCCCACAGUGUGGGUGCAUGGCUCCCCCUAAAAUGUUCUACAAUUGGUAUAGGAUUUAAUGGAGCCAAAACCAAUUGCGGUAUUGCGCACAUUUUAGGCAUCCUACUGAUGAACAGUUAUAACUUAAAGACAUUUUAAACAAUAACAAUUUGCCCUCUGUUCUCUUUGAAUUAUUGUUUUACAAUUCAGGCCUCAAUCCAGUAACCUACACAACCUGACAAACAGUGAGGCGGCAGUAUGGAUCAAGAUCUGCUCUAGUUGGAUGGGACUGUUGCUCUACAUCUGGACCUUGAUUGCUCCUGUUCUGUUCCCUGAUCGAGACUUUGACUGACCACGCCCAUUACUAUGACCUUGUUGGUAUCUGACAUAAAAAUGAUCAAAUUGGCAAGGCCGUCAUUAUCAUUACUAAACGUCUUGAAAUGCUGGGAUGUUUUUUUGAUUUAGUGCAAAUAUUUCUUUUGCUGCUAUAAAUGUUAAGAUCUUCUGUUGCAAGGUCAAUGUGAUACAAGUUUGGAUGGUAGCUAGGUAGCUAGGUAGGUAGGAAGGUGAGUAAUUUUUUAAUGUAAAAGAUUAAAAUCAAAAGAAAAACAUGUAUGCCCCAACAACACUCAGCUGGUGUCCAUGGAGGGCAUAUUUACACAUAAAAGCUAAAGAUUAAGACUAAUAUUACCUUACUGAACUAAAUUUAAUGUUUCAGAAGUAUCAGACCAGUAGCCCUAUUACCUAGAUACGUAGUUGGUAGUUCACAACCUGAACAAUAUUACUUCAAAAGAGCUCCUAAGGAUGGGCUGGUCAUUCAGCAUUUUGUACAUUGAUGUGGUCGUGGCUACCCUGGGUGCCAGAGGCUUCUAUGGUGCGGUUUCUGGUUUCAGUCAAGGCCUGCAUCUGAUGAAGCUUCUCAUCUCAUGCAAGAAGAAACCUCUGGUACCCAGGGUAGGUCUUGGCAUAGUGCUGUCUAGCAUCAAGUCUGUCACCCUUAAGGCGAGGGGGUGCUGUUAGGCCCUUGGUCCUCAAAGCCCCACCCAUGGAUCCCCCAGUGAUUUUUUUGUAGGCUAGUGUUUGUAGCUUGUAGUUUGCCAGUAUUGGCUCUCACAGAGGCUUUUGCUAUUCUAACUAAGAGAAAGUUGGUUCUGAUACAUACAGCUUAUCUUUAAUUUAAUUUUCCAAGCAACACAAUCGUGCUGUUUAAUUUAUUGUCCAGUCACUCCAGUAUAUUAUUUUGAUCCUGAAAGAAAAUAAUUUAACCUUUACAAGAGGAAUUGAUUAAAAGGAAGAAAGAGAUUUGUUGAAAAGCGAACUUUUGUAAUUGAGAAGUGGGAUGAAAAGCUUAAGAGCCAUGGACUUGGAAGUUGAUUCUUGUUUUAGGGUAGUCAGGUAAAUUUGAAUGGUAUGUACAUUGAAACUGUACAAUUAUUUAUGUACGGAAAUAGGAUUAAAAAUUGCAGUUGAGUUUAGACUCCUGUGAGAAUUUUGAAUGGCUUCAAAAUCUCUGAUAAAGAUCAACUCAUUCUUGCACUAAUAUCUUAGAUUUGGGGUUAUUUUGCUCUAAAAAAUUGGAUGGAUUUAAGGUUUAGCCGUGUCUUUACUAGAUAUAAAGACACUCAUUAUUAAACAUUAAUUUAUUUUGUUUUUUCUUUAUGAGUUAUUAAUGAGUUUUUGAAUAGCAUUUAUUUUUGCUCUAAUAUUCUGAAAUGCUUUCCCAGCAAUUGAAGGCGUUUUUUUGGAAAUUUAUUAAUAGAUAAAUUUAAUUGGUUAUGAAAGAGCUAUAUAAGAUAAGUUACAGAAGACAUAAAUGUUAUGGAAUGAAUUACACAGACUCUGUAGACAUUGUGUCACAGUAUAUUGUAAAUUUUUGUGAAGUAAAAUAUUAAUUUUUACACUU